GCUUCUUUGGGCACAUGGGCUGUUUUGGAAGUCAAGGAAAAAGGUUCUCCUUUUGGUCACCCACCACUGGCUCCAUGGCCACCGUUCAGAUGGACCCCGAGCUUGCCAAGCGUCUGUUCUUUGAAGGGGCCACCGUGGUCAUUCUGAAUAUGCCCAAGGGAACGGAGUUUGGCAUUGACUACAACUCCUGGGAGGUGGGGCCCAAGUUCCGGGGCGUGAAAAUGAUCCCACCAGGUAUCCACUUCCUCCACUACAGCUCCGUGGACAAGGCCAAUCCCAGGGAGGUAGGCCCUCGUAUGGGCUUCUUCCUUAGCCUGCAGCAGCGGGGGCUGACGGUCCUGCACUGGAAUGCAGUCCAGGAAGAGGUGGAUCUGUCCCCAGCCCCAGAGGCUGAGGUGGAGGCCAUAAGGGCCAACCUCCAAGAGCUGGACCAGUUCCUCGGACCUUACCCAUAUGCCACGCUCAAGAAAUGGAUCUCGCUCACCAGCUUCAUCAGUGAGGCCAUAAUGGAGAAGCUGCAACCCGAGAGCCGGCAGAUCUGUGCCUUCUCAGAUGUGCUGCCUGUGCUCUCUAUGAAGUACACCAAGGAUCGGGCAGGGCAGAAUCUACCCUGCUGUGGCACUGAGUGCAAAAGCUACCAGGAGGGCCUGGCCCGACUGCCUGAGAUGAAGCCCAGAGCUGGGACGGAGAUCCGCUUCUCAGAGCUGCCCACACAGAUGUUCCCAGACGGUGCUACUCCGGCAGAGAUAACCAGGCACAGCAUGGACCUGAGCUAUGCUUUGGAGAUGGUGCUCAGCAAACACUUCCCCAGCAGUCCCCAGGAUGUGCUCGGUGAACUCCAGUUUGCUUUUGUAUGCUUCCUGCUGGGGAAUGUGUAUGAAGCCUUUGAGCAUUGGAAGCAGCUCCUGAACCUCCUGUGCCGGUCAGAAGAAGCCAUGGUGAGGCACUGCUCCCUCUACAUCAACCUCAUUUCCAUCCUGUACCAUCAGCUUGGUGAGAUCCCUGCCGACUUCUUUGUGGACAUUGUCUCCCACAACAACUUCCUCACCAGCACCUUACAGGUUUUCUUUUCCUCCGCCCGCAGUGUUACUGUGGAUGCCACCCUGAGGCAGAAAGCUGAAAAGUUCCAAGCUCACCUGACCAAGAAGUUCCGGUGGGACUUUGAUGCAGAACCCGAGGACUGUGCCCCGGUGGUGGUGGAGCUCCCCGAGGGCACUGAGACCAGCUGACUCUGGGAAUGUUCUCAGCUACGCCGAGGCUCCUUCUCACGUGGUUGCAAUCCUGGCCUCUCCAUUCACCCCCUCCUGUCCUGGGACCUGCUAGGGCAGGUGUCCUGCCAGACUCUGCAGAACUGUAGCCACUAUUCCUUCCUUCACCAAUAAAUAAAUUCCUUCAGAUCAGAAGAGGCCAUACCUAUCCUGAAGGCACAUUCUUGAGUUCCCUUCAGCCUGGCCUCAGUGCUAGCCUGACUGUGUUUCAGAUGGAUUCUUAUACAAGCUCCUGGGAGACACCUGUUUCAGCAGCAACCUAAUUCCUUCUGAACGAGAAGAAAUUGAAUCAAAAGCUCAAGAAAAUUGAAUGCUUAUUCCAUAGGAUGGUUAGAAAGUAAGAAAAUCCUGAACUAAGCAGGGCAUCUGAACUGUCAGUUGGUGGCUUUUGAAGUUAAACAGAGAGUAAUGGGGAGACGAGCCAGAAUUUUUGCCUGCCCCUUGCUGAAUGGGAAUACAUCACAGAAAACUCAGGAGCCCCAGAUUGGGGAGAGGGUAACACAAAAGACAGGUUGAUUCUAAUAAGUUUUUGCCACCAAGAUCCCAUCUUCUGUCCAAAGGUCCCAAUGGUAAUCCCCUGAGAUUGGUGUGGCCUUGGCCUCAGGUGCCUUGCUGGUGCCAACUGUUGCAUUCUGAAGCCUCCGACCCAGAAGUGGGACUUGGCAAACCUCUUGUAUAUCCAUCCACGGCUGUUUGGGAUAAUAUGGAAAGUCAACAGCAGAAAGAAAAGUUCUUGUCCUGGACAGGCUUCUUAGGCCCUGUCACAGUUCUGUGCCAAUACUUUGUGGCUCUGGAGAUGAACUUGUCAGCCUAAAUCUUCCCAGCCCUGCUAUGGAACUGUCAGUGAUUGGAGAAAUUAAUACUUCCAGUUCCCUGAGAGUCCCGAGGUGAUGCCUGUCAUGCUGUGUGGGCAAAGUUCCAUCUCUAGACAGGCCCACUGGCCCUACCACCCUGACUACAAACUACUGUACUAUGGAUCAUUCUUUUCUAAGUCAAGGGCUCACACCAGGUUUCUGAAUGAGAAUCCUUGCUGGUAAAGACUUUUGGUUCCACUUGUUACCUUGGAGAUGUAUUUCCAAGAGCAUAAUGUACAUUAAAGCCUUUGAUUUGA